AGAAAGCAUAGAUAAUAUAUUUUCUUUUAUUAUCUAUGUCAGAAAGCCAGUUUUUAUUUAAAUUGUAUUAAUCUGCUGUGUUUAUUGAUUUAUUGACUUCUCGUUUUAAUAUCUUAAUAAGUGAAUAUUAAUACUUAGAGAUGGAUAAAAGUAAAAAAAGAAAAAGAACAAAAGUUGAGUGUUUAACUUGCGGUAGUGUAUUUGAUGAUGACUAUAAGACGAGACAUGAAAUUAAAGAACAUGCAGGUAAAAAAGUUUUGGUCAAGCAUUUUGGAGCACCCGAAAAUCCAUUUACAGCUGCAGCUGCUAUAGCCAAACAAAAGAAUGACCGAGCACACAGUGAAAAAAAUAAAUUUGAAUGUCAUGAAAUUGAAGAAUGUACCAGUAAUCAUAAAUCCCCUUCACUGACUUCAAAUUCUAUACAAAUGAAUAGUGCUAGUGAAGAUGAACAAAAUAAAACAAAAUUGUUGGUAUGUACCUACCUAUAUUAAGCUAACGUUUACCUCUGUGUAAAUAUUAUUGUAUUUUUUUAACAAAUGUUAUUAAGAUAAAUAAUUUAGUGGCUUCAUAAAUUUAUCACUUG